AUGGAGCCAAGCAAUGCCCCUCCUAUUGUAUGUGACUACUCUUUUCAAAGCUGCCCCGUCCAUUGCCCGGGCAUAUGCUUCGAUCAAUGUACAGACCUGCUCGAUUCCACCACAGGAAAAACAAGGCAUCAUCUACAACUGAUUCUAGAAUACGCUCUCAAACAAAAUUUCGAAGACGUGCUCAUACUUUUUGGCGACUCACAAACCGAAACGGCGGUCGACAAAGUACUCAAAAGGAAGAAGUAUGACAGGACACUGAGAAUUACAAAGCUAGAGAUUAACAAGUUUACAGUUACCCAAGCUGACGCUCUCAAAUUACUCGCCAACAAAUAUGCUGCGAUGCUUACAAAAGGAUUCAUCUAUAUUAAUGGUCAUGGGCUCCCUUUUGCAAAUCUGUCAACUUUCUGGACCAAUUUCAAGAAGACGAUGCGCGUCGACUCUUCGGCAGCGAUUUCCAUUAUGGCAUGUGAGGAGGGUAAGUCCGCGGAUGGUUGGAUGAUGAUUUACGAUACAGUUACAGGCGAGGUAUCAGCGAUGACCCCCGUUGACCGGUAUUCGGCGGUAGAAAUUGAUUCCAAACGUGUGUGCAUGUCAAAUCCGCGCGCACUUUCAAUUUCGCAAAACGCAACCGUAACCACGCGUCUAGUCCCUAGCUUCAAUGUACUGAUUGCGAACAUGAAGUUAAUUGAGGAACUGAACUCUAACGGAGAUUUCACGGACAUUGCCGCGUUUUGCGUAGACGCUUUGGGAAAACCUGUAAAGCUUAAUGGCAUUUAUUUGGAGUGCGCUAACAACAAACAAACGGUUGCUGGGCGGAAUAUUCGCACUUUAUCUCAAUUGAGGGCUUUGCUUAAAAACGAUGCGUCCGCCGCAUCUGACGCAAUUGAAACGGAAGGUAACAGAAGUUAUUGGCAAUGGAAGGACUCCGUUAGUGUCGUGGGCAGUGUUGUUCAUGAGUCGGUGGUUAUUCCGGCUACGGCCAAGUUGCUCAAUUGCGUUAUGAUGAAAAAUAGUUCGGUGGGAGAAAACGUUGUUCUAGAAAAUUGUGUUGUUGCGUCUGGCGUCAGAGUUGAAGUCGACGCUAAGAAGUGUUUCAUAGGCACUACUCUGCUUCACAGCGUAGUGAAUAGCGAGCUGGAAGGGCCUGCAGUAGUGCUGAGUAAAGAUCGCGCUGACGUUUUCUGGACGCGCAGCUCUGGACAACCCGAGUUUUUAGAUCGGACGGAACAAGAUGGCAUUGUCACAAUCCGAUGUUCAGAAAGGUGGUAUAGUGAGAACCUAUCAGACAGUCCGACUGUGGCGUCUUUUGAGAAGGAUCCGGGCGAAGAUCCGGAUGCGUUUUUGGACGAGUUAUUUGACAUACAGGAGGCGGCCGCCGACCAAGACAGUGACGAGAGUGACGACGCCUCGGAAGGUGAUGAAAAAGCCUUUGAAAAAGAAGUCCUGGAGAUGGUUUGGUCGGUCAUCGAUAAUCAGGAGCAUGUUAACAACCUAGGCCUCGAACUGCGUGCACUCAGACUCAGCGAAAACCGCCAAGAUGCAGCGAUUAUGCGCCCUCUAGCCACCUGUGUCUGCUCCGUGGCAGCCGAAGUCGGCCCGGACCAGUUCACGAACGAAGCCGUCGACAACAAGCUUCAAUCUAGCGGAUUAGAGAAACUCAUCGACCUGUUCUGCAGUGAUGAUCUAUGUAGGGUUGUUUUCUACGAUGCCGUAAUUGAGUACCUCCAAAACCAGACUGUAUUUGACCGACAUGGACAAACAACUCAAAACGCCUUCCUCAACGACCCGCGCUUCUUCGUCGUUGUGUGCUCUGUCUUCAACGACGUCCUCGCCAAUGAAAAAUACCUGACCGAGUACCAAGCCACGCACCGCGUACACAACAAACUCCUCCAAGCCGAAAUAGUCAGACAAUACGUAGAAUGGCUCAACGAGGAUGACGAUGAUGACAGCGACGACGAGGAUGACUGA